CCGCCCUGCUUCUGAGAUAAGCCGUGUUUUUCCUUUAGUUUCGGUUUUGUGUUUGGGGUUUCCACCGGUGAUGGUGUCCCAUCCGCCUGGCUUCAGCCGGGCCGAUGAUCUUCAAACCCUCAGUCUGAUAGGACAGCGAUCGUUUAGUGGCAUUACAGCAUCAUGUGUUGGCUGAACUUUGAUACAUAUUGUUUAAUGAUUGCGGAAGACUGACGCGAGCUGCCGCCGCCGCCGCCGCCGCUGCUGCUGGAAACGAAACUCGGGAGGGUGCAGAGCGACCGACCUCACUAUGUUCGACUCUCUGCCACCGAUUUAAUAACACGGGAUGGAUGAUGAGAGAAACGAUGGAGGCGCAGGAGGAGGAGGAGAUGGAGGAGGACAGCUUGAGGUGGAGGAUGAAUUCGCGUGUGCUGGGAUGCUGCGAGGAUCUCUGACCUCCCUACACGACACUGUGGAGAGGAUAUUUAGGGUGACGUUUCGGAUCGGGGCGGACGAUUUGCCGCACGGCAACGGGCAGAUAUGGCUGAAACUACGAGGACCGAGCAACAAUGUGAAAGCUGCCAAAUUAUUUGUGAAAGGAGUAGUGAACCAAGAGGAGCAACAGGAGGUGUCCUAUCCCGGGGUCCUUCACUGUGUCUUCUGUGGCGCCAAAGGGCUGUUUAUGGACUGCCUGAUAAAAAGCACCUCAGCACAUAUAGUGGUUAGCUCUCCAGGCUUUCUGCUUAUAUCGGGUAUUGCGGAGCCAGUGGUGCGAGCCUACUCCCUUAUUACAGACCUGGUGGAGAGAUAUGAGGGCACGCAGUCCAGACGCUCUGAGACUGUGGACAGAGGCCCUGGUGAGUCCCUGGAGUCACGCCGGGCCUUCAAAACUCUGGUGGAGAAAUGGGAUGACAGGCACAUCUUGGAUCUUCUGGUGCUGCCAGGGUCAGUGAAGGAAAUCCUGCUGGAUUUGGUGAAAGAAUCGGGUCUUGGAUCAAGCCCACACCCAGCGCUGAGAGAUGGUAUUGCAGGGGCAGGAUUACAUGGGAAUUUGGAGGAUAGAUGGGACAAACCCUCUGCCAUUACGUACACACUUCCUGAGGAUUCCAGCACUGCUGAUCGGUGGGUUGAAGGGAUGACUGCAGGUUCGGGGAAAGACGCUGCAGCCAAGGACCCCUUCCUCCAUUCUUUCUCCACCUCUGCAGGCGCCAGAGGGAGGGCAGAGGGUGCCGAGGAAAGACAAAUGCAUUCUCCACAAGAGGUGGGAGAAGAGGAGCACCCGGAGCCAGCGGGACCAUCGGGUACCAAGGAGAAAGAGAGGCUUGAGGAGGAGGAAGAACAGCAGCAGCAGCUGUCAGUGGGAAACAAGGAGUUUUUGCUUUUGUUGAGGUUCUUCACAGCUAUGGGGUACACAGAGGACGUUGUCAAACGAGUGCUUGCCCGAACAGGACUUAAAGAGGCCUCGCAGAUACUGGAUUUGGUCCAACAGGAGCAGGAUCGCAGUGACAGGGAGCAGAGAGAGAAAAAUCAAGAUGCCCUGAAUCAGAGCGAGAGGAACCGACCUUGUGAGACAGAGCACAGAGAGGAUGAAGACGCAACAGGAGGAGGAGGAGAUAAAGCAAUAAGUAGUGAUGUAGAGAUGCUAGAGGUUAAUGAGGGGAAGGGUGAUGGAGCGACGGGAAGCAUAAGACACUUUGAGGGAGAAGGUAGUGCGGAAGAAAAGGAGGAAGGAAACGAGGAAGACUUUGUCCUAGGAGUGUUGAAGAAAGCUGCAGCCAGCUGCGGGUACGCAGAGCAGAAUGUAGCUAAAGUGUACAGCGCGUUGCCUGAUCGAUCUACCCACCAGCUGCUCCUGGAGCUGCAGAGAGUGAGGAUCAGUGACACAGACGCCUCCAGAGAGGGACCAAGAGAGAUGGAUGACGUGGUGCUGGAGAAGGAGGGUCAGAAAGCCGAACCGGCGGAGGACGAAGCAAGAAGAGACGUCCCAGCUAGGCUUCUCACACCUGCAGAAAAGAGAGACACAGGUGAUACAGAAGCACCAGACCGAACUGCACCUGUUGCAGAACCAGAUUUGUUUCGGUGGGUCCAGCAGCCAAAGCAACACCAGCCACCAAAGUCACAAAUUCCACACCAAACCAUCCUUCCUGAAGUCAAAGGGCCACCCAUGCCUACGUAUGCCUCAUCUCUAGAUCCUCCAUUCACCAAUUUCCAGCCCAACAAACAAUAUAUCCACAACUUUAAUCCACCCACCUCAAAACUAAAUCAUCCAGCUCAAGACCCAAAGCCUCAGUCUUCCACCUCCUUAAAACAAGCACUGCAAGCCUCUCAACCAAGCAUCUUCACCAGGAGCGACUCAUCUCCCACCAGAGCGAGGGAACGACAGGGUUUCAUGUCCGCCUCUUCAGUGGUGGUGACAGGGGAGCAGCGUUUCCUGGAGGGACUGCAGACGCCCUUUGACCUCAAGCUAACAGACAAGCCUGGAGACCCGAAGCUAAGGACGAUCAUCAUUGACGGGAGCAACGUGGCCAUGAGUCAUGGUUUGGGCCAUUUCUUCUCAUGUCGAGGCAUCGCUCUGGCUGUUCAGCAUUUCUGGGACCGAGGUCAUCGUCACAUCAGCGCCAUGCUGCCACAGUGGAGACAGAAGAGCGACUUCAAAAACAAAGAGCAGCACUAUCUGACUGAGCUGCAGAAACUCGGCCUGCUCUCCUACACCCCCUCCAGGGAAGUCCAGGGCAAGAGGAUCAGCUCGUAUGAUGACAGAUUGAUGCUGCAGCUUGCGCAGAAGACAGACGGAGUGAUCGUAACUAACGACAAUCUGAGAGACCUCUCGGACGAGUCCCCUGUAUGGAGGGACAUCAUCAAAAAGAGACUUCUUCAGUACACGUUUGUCGGUGAUCAUUUCAUGGUGCCGGAUGAUCCUCUCGGCAGAGGAGGGCCUCACCUGGACGACUUCCUCCGCUCAGAGCACAGGACUCCUGACCCAGGAAACCACUCUUUUGCCGGUGUAGCCACCACAUUCCCAUCCUUCAAACCUCCGCGCUCCCAAACGGAGGUCCUGAACUUCCGCGAUCGAACGCUGGGCGGCGCUCUGGACGGAGCGGGCGGAGGGAGCCGGGGCAAAGGGAGAGGGCACGGGAAGGGAUGGGACGUGGGACACCAGCACAGGAAGCAUGGAGCUGCAGGUCCUGGACAGGGAUUUGGUGCGGAUAGAACUCCACAGGAAACAGCCAGCUUAAGAGAGCAGCUCUGUCAGGUUUUUCUGGGUCAGGACAACACGGUGACGCUGGUGCUGCAGUGCCACCCGGCAGAGACGGACAUAAACGUGCUCUCUGACCUUAUUUUGGAGCAGCAGAAGGACUAGAAAUCUGCCUUACUUUUAGUUUUUCCCUGGGUUAAUUCAGACUUUUCUUAAACUGGAUUUUGCCCAGGUUUAAGUACUAGAACUCCAACUCCCAGCAAGCACAGCAACUACAACAAAAUGCACUGGCUAAUCUCUCUUGUGUAUUAGCAAGGAUUUUACUAAAAGACCAAAUUUUCUAGUGAGGAGUGGACAAUCAAAACAGCAUUUCAUUUAACUAUAAUGUCCUGCAUUAUAAUAUGUUUGUUUUUGUAAUCCCUCUCAUAUUAGCGACAUCUCUCCACUGUUAACUGUCCAUUUACUGUAAAAAGUCUUUUUAUAUUUUAAAAUAGAUUAAAGUUAGAGAAACUUAUCUCUCCCCUAUCGAUCCUCCAUACCUUUAUUUCCAGAGUGACGAUUUGGUGCAGCAACAACAAAGGACAUUGACCCGGUUAGCUCUGCCCUACAGAUUUUGUAAUAGAAAUUAAUUUGUUAUGUAGACCUAUUAAGCAGGGUUUCCCUUUAGCAAAAGUCCAAUCUUCACUGAAGAACUGUUUAAUAGUUGAUUUUGGUUGAAUUCAGCAAUGUUUUUAUGAAAGACUAUAUCAAUAUUCCACCAUCAUCUUCAAAUAAAACAAAACAGAGUCGAUAAACCACUAGAUCUGAUUAAAAACACCACCAAUCAACCGACUAGUGUUGACGUGUAUCAACCGUCUUCUUCAGGGUUUUUUGUUUUUUUUUACUGGUGUGAAGUCACAGGGUUGUCAGGUGAUCACACACCUGUAUGAAAACCGGUGUUACACAUUGGUUGUGUUUUCAUUCAUAUAGCCUGCUGUUUGUUUUAUUAUUGUUGGAUCCAGUUUCUCCCUUAUGAUGUGCCAUUUUUAAAGAAAACUCAAACUCUGUAGAAUAAGAAGCGCAAUAAAAAAACAGUAUUUCUGUUUUUAUACACAAUAAAUUUAUUGUAACCUGCUACACUUUAAAUGACAUAGCUUCCUGUGUAGCUGAGUUGUACAACUGAGGAUAGUAGGCAUAUAAGAUGGAUGAUAUUUGUAUAUUGGUACCAACAGCUGUUGGGGUUGAUGACGUUCUGCCUUUUUUUUGUACAUUUAAUUAUAUAAACUAUUUUAAGCCGGUUUCCUGUUGUCUUUUCGCUGGUUUUGAUCUUACAGGAAGUGCAUGAAUGAGGAAUCUGAUCUUCAUGAAUGAGAUCAAACCAAAAGAUGAAUGCACAUCUCUGUGACUGGAGAUCAGAUCCUUAAUCAGGAAUAUUUUUAACACCAAUUGUGAGAUAGGAUUUAGAUGUUUACAUGUAUGUAUAUUUUAUUUUAAGUAUCUUGAUGCAGAAUUCUGUUGGGGACAGUUUCAUUAAAUAAAUUUAUUUAACCUAUUUGUCUGUAGUAAAGUAUUUCUUCAUUUAAAGGUUUAAAUCCCGAGUUAAUGAUAAUGUAUUUAACGUGUACUCAUGAUCCUCUCAACUUCUCUCUUUGUUUCACUGUAGAUCAAUCAUGUUAUAUGAUGAUUAAUCAAUCAUGAUAUAUGAUUGCUCUAAGCUACAGCAUGAAAUAAGGAUGAAAUAAAAACUUAU